UGGUUUUUAACAGUUUGUGGAUAUAAUUUGUUAUAAUUCAGGGUUCACCAUUACUACUGCUACAACAACAACAACAACAACAACUGUUAUCUGAUAACCGUUUAUUAUAUCUACUACACUGCUACAUAAUUAAAUAACUUCUAAAAGUGUCUCUAUUAUCUGGAAAUUUACUCCAAUCGUAUAACAAUCCAAUUAACAACCAGAUGAUCACAAGCAAUCAAAAGCGUUAGAAUAUCCAUUCAGUAGUAAACUCAUAUACAGUACAGAAUAAAUAUUACCUAAAGCUUUCAUUAUUAUUUCGGUGUGAAUUACUAAAUAAAUUAACUGUUGAUAAUAACUAUAUGGAAGAUCCAAGUAAAUCAUUCAAAUCAGAAGAUAAUUUGGGCAAUCUCGCUUCAUGGAGUACAAUAACACAAACAACAUCACAAACAAUAACAAAACGUGAUCGAUGGAAAGGAAAAAUUGAUUUUCUUAUAGCAUGUAUGGGAUUUUCUAUUGGUUUGGGUAAUGUAUGGAGAUUUCCCUAUUUGUGCUAUAAAAAUGGUGGAGGAGCCUUUCUUCUACCUUACUUCGUCAGUGUGAUCGUUGCGGGUGUACCAUUAUUUCUUCUUGAAGUUGCUUUGGGUCAGUUUAUGUCUAAAGGAGCUAUUGCAGCCUGGGAUAUUUGUCCACUUUUUAGAGGUAUUGGAUGUGCUAGCACUAUGAUAAACUUUUUGGUGAACAGUUAUUACACAGUGAUUCUGGGUUGGGCAUUUCAUUUUAUUUUCGCUUCAUUCAGUAAAGAACUUCCGUGGGCUAAAUGUGGACAUUCCUGGAAUACUAACUCAUGUAUUGAUGCUGUAGUGAGAACAAAUUUAAGCAAUUCAACAUCACUUCUCCGUCAACAUAUAUUUGGAGCUGAUCCUGCUUCAGAGUACUGGGAAAAUCGUGUCUUACGAAUAUCAAAUGGUAUUGAUAAUUUAGGAACAAUUCAAUGGGAUUUAGCAUUAUGCCUUUUAUUAGCUUGGACAAUAAUAUUUUUAGCAAUAUGUAGAGGAAUAAAAACAUCGGGAAAAAUUAUGUAUAUAACUGCAACUACACCAUAUAUAUUCAUGAUUAUAUUACUUAUAAGAACAGCUCAGUUAGAAGGAGCAUUAAAUGGUAUAACGUAUUAUUUAAAACCAGAUUGGGAUAAAUUAACAGAUAUGACAGUUUGGUCAGAUGCUGGAACUCAAAUCUUUUUCAGUUAUGCUAUUGGUUUAGGAGCUUUGUCUGCAUUGGGAAGUUAUAAUCGUUAUCAUCAUAAUUCAGUUAGAGAUUGUCUUUUAUUUGCUGGUGCAAAUACAUUUACAAGUUUAUUGGCUGGUUUUGUUAUAUUUGCAACACUUGGCAAUAUGUCUUAUAUAUCCAAUAUCCCAAUACAUUUAAUUGCAGAAUCAGGACCAGGUUUAGCAUUUAUUAUUUAUCCAAAAGCAUUAGGAACAUUGCCUGGUAGUCCUAUUUGGUCAUUUUGUUUUUUUAUUAUGAUUAUACUAUUGGGAAUUGAUAGUAUGUUUGGUGGAGUUGAAGGUUUUGUUGCUGCAAUCUCCGAUUACUUACCUCAAGUGAUAUUAAAUCCAUGGUAUCGAGUUAGUUUUGUUGCAGCCACAUGUAUUAUAUCUUAUGGUAUUGGAUUAUUUAUGGUGACUAAUGGCGGUAUGUACAUAUUUCAAUUAUUUGAUUAUUAUUCGGGUAGUCGUAUAAUUUUAUGUGUUACAUUUUUGGAAUGUAUCGUGAUUGGCUACAUAUAUGGAUGGAGACGGUUUGCAAAUGAUAUGAAGUCAAUGUAUGGCUUUUCACUUAAAUGGUUUUGUUGUUUAUACCUAUGCAUUAUUACUCCAUUGUUUACAUUUGUUCUGUUUAUCUUCAGUGUAAUUGUAUACGAAGAACUCACAUAUAUGCGAGCUGUCAAACCUGAACCAUAUCACUUUCCGAAGUGGUCUGUGAUAUUAGGUUGGAUGAUGGCCAGUUCAAGUUUGUUCUUCAUUCCAGGUGUCAUGGUGGCAGAGGUUAUAAGAACACCGGGAACAUUUCUAGAAAGAAUAAAAUACCUGUGUACACCUCGUCUUACUCAGCAUCGUUGUUCUUUAACCAGUCCAACUUUAAUUGACCCCGAAAAUUCGGAGAUUCCAGAAAAUAAUCCCAAUGAUCAUUAUGAAGUGAAUUCGUGUACAACAGAAGAGCAAAACAUUGAAGAGGAUAAUUCAGGAAAAACAAAGAAAAAAUUCAAAGUUAGAAAUUUCUGUAGAUCGUGUAUUCGAUAG